CUGCUUGCAGAGAAGGCGGCGUUUGUGUCGUGACCUUCCAACCUCCAACAAUCGAUUCCUUUGCAUCUGAUAUCUGCCAAUUGGUUGUUGACAGUCAUCACGAUGAGACUCCAGCGGGUCAUUGGCCGCCUGCCCACGCGCAUACACUCUCUCCAGCAGUCCGCGGCUGCUCCCUUCGGCGCCCGAGCUGCGUCAUCUGCCGCUGUUCGGAGCUCCCCAAAAGCUUCACCGUCAACGACAUCCUCACAAUCCAGGAGCACCGUCGCCGGCAAGACCCAACCGCCGUUCUCCAGCAGCCGCCGUAGCUAUGCCUCGUCCUCGUCGCCGUCGUCUGGACCGCUAAAGCGCACCGCGCUGUACGACCUGCACCUCGCGCACGGGGCCAAGAUGGUGCCGUUUGGCGGCUUCGAGAUGCCCGUGCAGUACUCGAGCCUGGGCGUCAGCGCCUCGCACCACUUCACGCGGACCAACGCCUCGCUCUUUGACGUCGGGCACAUGGUGCAGCACCGCUUCGAGGGCCCCGGGGCCGUCCGGUUCCUCGAGCGCGUCACCCCGGCGUCCCUCAAGACGCUGCCCGUCCACCAGGGCACCCUGAGCACGCUCCUCUGGCCCGGCACGGGGGGCAUCGUGGACGACACGGUCAUCACGAAGCUCGGCGACGAGCUGUUCUACGUCGUCACCAACGCGGCCUGCCGCGACAAGGACCUCAAGUACCUGGGCGAGCAGCUCGAGCAGUUCCGCUCCGAAACCCCGGGCGCUGGCGAGGUCAGGCACGAGGUCCUCGACGGAUGGGGCCUCGUGGCCCUCCAGGGCCCCAUGUCCGAGCAGAUUCUCCAGGAUGUCCUCAUUGAUGAUGGGAACCUGCGCGAGCUCUUCUUCGGCCAGAGCAAGUUCCUCAAGAUCAAGGGCUGCAGCACCGGCCCCGUGCUCGUCAGCCGCGCGGGCUACACGGGCGAGGACGGGUUCGAGAUCUCCAUCAGCCCCGAGGACACGGUGGCCGUGACCGAGGCGCUCCUCGAGACCGCGGGCCCGGAGCGGCUCCAGUGGGCCGGCCUGGGCGCCCGCGACUCGCUGCGCCUCGAGGCCGGCAUGUGCCUGUACGGGCACGACCUGGACGACACGACGACGCCCGUCGAGGGCGCGCUGGGCUGGGUCGUCGGCAAGGACCGGCGGGACCCGGAGGCCACCGACAAGUUCCACGGCGCCGAGGUGAUCCUGCCGCAGCUCGUGCUCAAGAGCAAAGGCGGCAAGGGAGUCGAGAGGCGGAGGGUCGGACUCGUCGUCACGGGCGCCCCCGCGCGCGAGGGCGCCGAGAUCACCGACAAGCAGGGCAACAAGAUUGGCGUCGUCACCAGCGGGUGCCCCUCGCCGACGCUCGGCAAGAACAUCGCCAUGGGCUACAUCAAGGACGGCCUGCACAAGUCCGGCACCGAGGUCGAGGUCUCGGUCAGGGGGAAGAAGCGGCCUGCCGUCGUGACCAAGAUGCCGUUCGUCCCGACGCAGUACUGGAAGGGCACCGCGCCGGCGUGAGCACGGCCAGAAAAGAGCGGGGGAGAGCUGGGGAGUUCGAUCUCAUGACAUGGGCACUGCAUGGGCAGAGAGACGGGGUCAUGAGAUUUGAUGGAACUCCUUUUGCAAAGGAGCAAAGGGGGGAACGGAGGGAAGUGCUUGUGCGCUUCCCGGAGAGCUUCAACGCAUAUGCCAAAUUCUACUUAUCGUGGCAAGGGGGAAAAGGCGAAGAAAGAUGAAAAAAGACAAAAGUCAAAAGCCGGGUCAUCAGGCACGGCAGAAGCUCCAGGUUGACAAUAACCUAUCGAGACCAUUUGCGUGAGAGCCACAAUUCAACUCGAGGGAGAAUUGCGGGAAA